CCCAAAAUCAAAUUGGAAUGGGAGGAUUUUUUAAAUAGAAAAUAUGCCUCUAAUAGUGAUUACAGGGGUUCCAUGUAGCGGGAAAACUACAAGAUCAAUUCAAUUGAAGCAGUUCUUCGAGGCACAAGGUAAAGAGGUUUUUAUUGUAAGCGAAUAUCAACAAAUUGUAAAAGCAGAUUUCAAGAAGAAUGCCUUUUAUGCAGACUCUAAUAAAGAGAAACACAUUAGGGGAUUGUUGAAAUCUGAAGUGUUGAAAUUUAUUAAUUCUACAAAUGUCGUUAUUCUGGAUGCAUUGAAUUACAUCAAAGGAUAUCGAUAUGAGCUGUAUUGUGGCACUAAGGCGAACAAAUGUACUCAGUGCACCAUUCACGCGGAAAUUAACAGAGACGAAGCUUGGAAUUUUAAUACCAAUCGAGAACAGGAAGAAGAGAAAUACAGCAGAGACAUUUUUGACGCAUUGAUAAUGAGAUACGAAGACCCAGAUCCGAAAAAUCGCUGGGACAGUCCAUUAUUUACUGUUUUCCCAGAGAAUGAGCUUGAUAGUGAAGCUAUUUACUCGAGUUUGUUUAAAAAACCACCACCGAAGCCGAAUAUGUCCACACAAAAUCCUCCGCUAAGUUCAACAAAUUUUUUGUAUGACCUAGAUAAAAUUACUAAACAAAUUGUUGACGAUUUAAUAAAGAUAAAAAAUAGUGGAUGCAGCGGUGAAAUAACUCUCCCGGGGUAUGAAGGCGUAACCCUAAAUGUUACGGAAACGAAUGCACAACAACUUAUGCUUUUAAGAAGACAAUACCUUACAUACUCCAAAAUGCACCCUCCAGAAGAAAAAGAUGUUGCGGACUUAUUUGUGCAGUUUUUAAGUACAAGUUUAAAAUAAAAUUAUUUUUUCUUACAUAAGCAUUUUUUAAUAUGUAUAUAUAUUCUUUUUUUGAGACAGGUAUAGCUAUGUGAGGCACGCUUUUAUUGAAUCUAAUACGAGGCAAUCAGCAAUUUAACUUCAACAAGAUAGUAUGUAACAUGGAUGAGUAAAAAGAAGAAAAAUGGCACAAAUUAUUCUAAAUGAACUUUUUAGCAGUAGUUGUGCAGUAAUCCAUAGGACAA